ACCUGUGAAGUUUUUUAUUUUCUUGUUUUGUAGCCUGUUUCUGGAGCAGUACAGAUUACAGAAAUCCUUUGUUCCCAAUUGCGAAGGAAAACCCGAAUUAUAUUAUGGAAGGAGAAAACCAAACAGUUCUGUUUGAGUUUAUCAUCUUGGGAUUCUCCAACUUAAAAGAGUUACAAUUUUUACUUUUCACCAUCUUCCUUGUAACUUAUAUCUGUACUUUGGGAGGAAAUAGCUUCAUAAUUUUGGUAACCAUGACUAAUCUGCACCUGCACACGCCUAUGUAUUUUUUUCUGGAAAACUUAGCUUUUCUUGACAUCUGCUACACCACCACCAAUGUUCCCCAGAUGAUGGCGCAUCUUCUGUCAGAGAAAAAAAGCAUUUCCUAUUUAGGUUGCAUGGCACAACUUUUUGCAUUUAUUUUUUUUGUGGGCUCAGAGUCCCUGCUCCUGGCAGCAAUGGCAUAUGAUCGCUAUAUUGCAAUCUGUAAGCCCUUGAGGUAUUCAGUUAUUAUGAACAAGGUUCUGUAUAGCCAGUUAGCAGCCUCCUGCUGGUCUGGUGGUUUCCUCAAUUCAGCGGUGCACACAGUACUGACAUUCCGCCUGCCCUUCUGUGGCAACAAUCAGAUUAAUUAUUUCUUCUGUGAUAUACCUCCUUUGUUGGUCUUGUCUUGCGGGGACACUUCUGUCAAUGAAGUGGCACUACUAUCCAUUGGGGUGGUCAUUGGUUGGACUCCUUUCCUGUGUAUUGUCCUUUCCUACCUCUAUAUUAUCUCCACCAUCUUGAGGAUCCGAUCCUCCAAGGGGAGACAAAAGGCCUUUUCCACCUGUGCCUCCCACCUGACCAUUGUCCUUCUCUAUUAUGGCAGCACCAUCUUCACAUAUGGACGACCCAUCUCAACAUAUUCACUGGAGAAAGACAGGCUGAUCUCAGUAUUGUAUAGUAUUGUUACCCCCAUGCUAAAUCCUAUAAUCUACUCCUUGAGGAAUAAGGAUAUUCAAGAGGCUAUGCAAGUUAUGGGGAGAAAGUGGAAGGCUUCAAGCUCCCUCUCUUUUGAUGUGUAAGUUUUUCUUUUCUAAGAAGAUGACAUUACAAAACUGGCCAUUUUACUUAUAGAGCUGAUUUUGGCUAAUUACUCUCAAACAAAAGUAAAAGUCAAUGCAAAUUUUCACAUCCAGCACUUUCAGAAACACUCUCGCUAAAAAUACUAUAUGAAAUAUUUAAAUUUUUUCAGAGAGAUCAGUUAAUGUAAAAGAUAGUGAGGAAUCACAAAUCUAAUAUUGAACAGAGUUGAAAAUACAAAGAUGUGAAAUUGGCAUUAGCGACCCUCUCUUAUGAGGACUUCUGAUAAUCUUGAAGAAGUGUUUGAGGUUCUGAAUUGUGUUUUGACAUCCUUGUAAGAUUAGAGAGCUAAAAAUGGAGUCUUGAGCUAGUUAAUUGAAACAACAAUUAUCCUCUAUUUUAUCCGGUAAACUUAUCAAUAACUUACGUGCCUAGUGACUACCAUAUUGGACCAUGCAUCCAUAGAACAGUUCUUUCCUUGCCGUUAAUAGACAGUGCUUCUCUGAAAGAAGAAGUAUUAGAUGGGCAACUUUGCUUUAAGAGAUAUCACAACCAAUUGCAAAAUAAAAACAACAGUAUGUUAAUGGUUCAGUGAUAAACUGAUCAUUGGAAUAAACUAGAGAAUCCAGAAAAAGUCCCCUGAAUAAACAUAUUUAUUUGAUUACAUGAUAGAAGAGGCCAGAAGAGGCAUGAAAGAAAAGUUGAAUAAGGACAAUGUUUUCAAUAAAAAGGCAAAAGGGCAUAUGCUCCUAGCCUUAAAUGUUAUACAAAAAUCAAUUCUAGGGUACUGUAUACCUUAGUGUGUAAAAGAACAAUAAGACUUUUAGAAAGUGAUAAAGGCUACCACCGUAUCACACGUGGUCUUGUCAGACCCGAUCUGGAGCAGAGACCUGAUGCCACUCCCACCACUGCCUCUGCUUAGCACCUCUGGCAGGAAGGACAGUGGUCCCCAAGUCCAAAGGCAAUGGGCUGGAGAACACGGCCUCUUGGAUGGAGCCCACAGCUUUUGUUCAGCCUGGCCCUACGUGGCUAAGGCGCUUGCUAUGUGGUUGAUGAUCACGGUGGGUGGGGGUUGACCCAGGUUUGCAGGGAAUAGUCACUGUGGACGACGAAAUGAGAUAAGUUGAAUAAGUGACAAAUAAAGGCAAAGUUUUAGAAGCCAGAAGGGAAUUGAAAAUUUAAAAAUAUUAAUAUAUUCCUUUUCACCCUCACUAAAGUCACUCUUACUCAGGCAAUGAUUUUUUUUCUUUGAAUUUUCUUGACUAAUGGUAUAGCCUCUUGCUGGCCUCCCCUCCCCUCCUUCACCCUACUUUACUAAAUCCUGUACAUUAUGUCUGAAUUAAUUUCAAAACACAUAUUUGAUAAAAAUGAAUGAAGCAGAGGGAGAGGAAAGGUGCUUUACAUUGUUAUUAACUGUAUAUUAGAAAGUAAUAAAUUUCUCUUGUCUCAGUCCCUUUUGCUAUCAAGUGAUCUGUGUAUUAGCCCUCUUCGUGGACUUCUCUUUCUCCUCUCCAUUGACAGUAAAGGCUGUCAUAGUCCUCCAUACUGUUGCUUAUACCUGUAGCUCAUUCAGUUUUCAUUGCUGUAUAGAAUUUCAUGGUAUGAAUAUGCCCACAAAUGCUUUAUUCUUUCAAUGAAAUUAAACACCUAACAAUUG